AUUCAACUCCUUACUUCCCUAUAUUCUCUAUUUUCUCUGCUCUAAAUUCAUAUUUUUUGUCCUUGUUUUUUUCUGUUUCGUUGCUUAACAGAAUUUAGGGCUUCGUAAUUUUUACUCUUUAGUUCAUGCAUGUCGAGUUUGUUGUGUGCAUUUUCUUACAUGGUGAUGAAUCUGGGCGGAUGUAAAUUUGAAGGCUGCACAUCUUUUGGGAGACUGGUGGAAGUGGGAUAUUGGAAGUACACUUGGCUACACCUCGCACUCUACGGUUUUGAGAUUUGGAUCUUUGAUGGACUGCAACAAAGAAGAGGCCAUAAGGGCCAAGGACAUUGCUGCAAAGAAGAUGGAAAACAAGGAUUUCGCGGGGGCUCGUAAAUUUGCUCUUAAGGCUAAGCAGUUGUAUCCAGUUUUGGAUAAUAUAGCUCAAAUGCUUGUUGUUUGUGAUGUGCACUGCUCUGCAGAGCAGAAAGUGUUCGAUAAUGAGAUGGACUGGUAUGGAAUUCUUCAGCUAGAACACACAGCUGGUGACGCAAUGAUUAAGAAGCAGUAUCGAAAGUUUGCUCUUCAGCUUCAUCCCGAUAAAAACAAGUUUUCUGGUGCUGAAUCUGCAUUUAAGCUGAUUGGGGAAGCUCAAAGAGUACUUUCAGACACUGUUAACCGAAUUAGGUAUGACAUGAAGCUUAGGUUGAACAAAGCUUUUAUGCCUCGUCAAAAUCAACAGAAGGUUCCUCCGAAUUUCAAUUCUGCAAUGAAAAACAAUGUCAGCCCCAACUUUACAAACUCAAACACCCAAAAGCAGCAGCAAAAUAAGCAGCCUGCACAGCAGCAGCAAAAUAAGCAGCCUGCACAGCAGCAGCAAAACGGUGUGCGCCGCACUUUUUGGACUGCCUGCCCAUUUUGCACCGUGAGGUAUCAGUACUAUAGAGAAGUUAUAAAUAAAUCUAUUCGCUGUCAACAAUGCCAUAGGCCCUUCGUUGCAUAUAUUGUGGACGGGCAAGGUUCGUCUCAAACAACUAACUCAAGUCAGCAAGCAUUUGGCCAGAAGAAAGAUGGUUUGAAUCAAGGUACUUGGAAGGAAAGUGUUGGAUCUGAAGGCAACUCGCAUACUGAGAAGUCCAAUACAGGGCCUUUCAAGAAUAAAGAUCCCGUUGAUGUCUCGGGAAAGCCAAAUGUAAAGAGAAAGUGGGAUCCAUUGGAAGGACUCAGUCUAAGCUCUGAUUCUUCAAGUAGUGGUGAUUCUGAUUCUGACUGUGAAAUAUUUGCUGGUGUGAAUGGCUUUCCAGGUGUAAAAAACCAUUCAACUGGGCAGCCACACAGAUCUGUGCGACAGAAGUUUAAUGUUUCCUACAGUGAUAAUAUGAGUGACAAUGACUUAUUAAGAACUUCAAAAAGGGGUGAGGAGAAUGGAGCACCUUGUGUUAAUGGUCUUCAUAAUGAUACCGCUAAAACGAAUGAUCAGAAUGGCUCAGCAGCUGAUCCAAAAGAUGGAGCACCUUGUGUUAAUGGUCAAAGUCAUAAUGAGACCGCCAAAACGAAUUAUCAGAAUGGUUCGGCAGCUGAUCCAAAGGAUGAACAAGAAAAGGUAAAGCAGAAACAAGAUUUUCAUUCAAAAGAGAGCUCACUGAAUAGAAAUGAGGAAAAAACUUGGGCAAAUGGAAAAGAAGCCGUGGGUGGAUCAAAGCAGAUGGGUGAAUCUUCAGAGCAUUUUUCUCCAAAUUCAGUCUAUAAGGCAACAAAUCAUCCUAAUGCUAACGUAUAUCCCAAUGCAGAGCAUUCUUCUCCAAAUUCAAUCUAUAAGGCAACAAAUUAUCCUAAUGCUUAUGUCUAUCUCAAUGCUGAGUUCAGCAAUUUUGACAAGGACAGAAAAAAAGGAUGUUUUGCGCCUGGGCAGAUUUGGGCUAUCUAUGAUACAACAGAUGGCAUGCCUAGAUUCUACGCUUUAAUCAGAGAAGUUCUCUCUCCUGAAUUUCAUUUGAAGGCAACAUGGCUUGAACCACAUCCAGAUGACAAGGAUGAAAUCAAGUGGGUAGAUAAGGAUUUGCCUGUGGCUUGUGGUAAAUUUAAACUUGGUACCACUGAUUUGAUUAAAGAUCAUCUUAUGUUUUCUCAUCUAGCUCAGUGUGAUAGGAUUGGCCGCAAUACUUUUAAAGUCUAUCCUAGAAAGGGAGAAACAUGGGCUGUUUUUAAAAAUUGGGAUAUCAAAUGGUACAUGAAUGCAGAAUUUCGUAAGCAGUAUAGAUAUGAGUUUGUUGAAAUCUUGUCAGAUUAUGUCGAAGGUGAGGGUGUAUCUGUUGUGUACUUGGGUAAGUUGAAAGGUUUUGUAAGCCUCUUCUUUCACAUUAUGAAAGAAGACAACCGGCCAUUUCAAAUUCCAUCCCUGGAGUUAUUUAGAUUUUCUCACAGGAUUCCAUCUUUCAAAAUGACUGGUCAGGAAGGAGCAGGUGUUCAAUUAGGAUAUUUAGAAUUUGAUCCUGCAUCUAUACCAAUGAAUCUUGAAGAGUUUGCUGUUCCUCGAAAUUUGGAUGCGAAGAUUGAGCAUAGUUCACGUGGCAGUCAGAAUGCAAAAUCUUCACAAAGAUCAAAACCCUUGACGAGGCCGGAAGAAAUUGCAUCCACUCCCAAGGUUAAUAUUGAACCAAGCAAUCCGACUGAGAUAAAAGAUUCUCUUGGUGAUAUGGAUGACGGCCAUGCUACUCCAACUUCAACCCUUGAUGCUUUUGAAAUUCCAGAUGCUCAAUUCUUCAACUUUGAAACUUGGAGGUCUCUUGAUAAGUUCCAGAUUGGUCAAAUAUGGGCAUUUUACAGUGAUGAAGAUGGAAUGCCAAAAUACUAUGGUGAGAUUAAAAAAAUUGGGACUAGCCCUGAUCUUGAGUUACAUGUUAAUUGGCUUGCUUGCUCCCAGCUACCAGAGGGUACCACUAAAUGGAAAGAUGAAGAUAUGCUUACUACCUGUGGCAGGUUUAGAAUCAUGAAAACAAAUGAUUUUCUCUCUGUUUACAAUAGCCUGUCUUGUAUUUCACAUCAAGUACAAGCUGAGGCUAUCGGGAAGAGCUACGCCAUCUAUCCGAGAAAAGGUGAAGUAUGGGCUCUAUAUAGGAAAUGGUCAAAUGAAAUCAAGUGUUCUGACCUGAAAAAUUUGGAGUAUGAUAUAGUGGAAGUUCUUGAAGAAGGUAAUUGGUUUAUAGAGACUUUAGCUUUGGAGAAUGUUAGUGGUUAUCGUAGCGUCUUCAGAGGCAAAGUAAAUGAAGGUUCUUCUGUCAAAGUGAGAAUAGCCAGAAAAUAUUUGCUUAGUUUCUCUCACCAAAUUCCAGCUUUCAAACUGACACAAGAGCAUGGCAAUCUCAGCGGCUUCUGGGAGCUUGAUCCGGGUGCGCUACCACCUUCGUUCCUUUGGCCUUAGAUGAAGUUUGGCGGGGAGGAAGAAGCCUUGGUAGAGACUGAUAUCCUUGAGGUUUGAUAUGAUAUAUAAUAUAGUUUUUCUUUUUGGAAGCUUAGCCUUUUGUAAUUAGAUGAAACUAUAGUUUUUGCUGAUAUGACAGCACGGUGUAACAUUUUGGGGUACUGUUCCGGCUAACUCUUGAAAGACAAAGGUUGUUUUUGUGCCGGUUCUUGGUUGCAUUCGUGGCUUUCGUAGUGACAGUUUACAAACAUAUAAAAGUUAUAGUAUGUUAUUUUGUUAUCUGUUA